AUGGGUGUCGGACGUCGCAUUGGGAAAAAGCAGGGUCCUCCACAGCCGCUCGAUGAAUCCAAAAUAAAAGGCGGUAAAAAGGUGGUUAAGAAGCGAAAAGCAGACAAAGCAGACAACCCAAAUCAUACUCCCCAGGGAACCAAGCGACGGAGAGGAGCUGAUGAUGAAGAAGAGACAAGGCCAAAAAGCGCAAAGACCAAUGGCGCAAGCCCUGGGAGAUCGAAUGAUGUGAAGAAGAAGAGUGCGAAGCCCUCACUCGCAGAGAGUGCGCCUCACAGGACCGGCAAGAAGAAGGCUCCCAAGCCGGUUGAAAUAUCCGAACUUGAAGGUUCUGAUGAAGAUUUGGAUGAUGAGAUGCUCGACGACGAGUUUGGCGAUCUAGACGGGGUCAGUGACGGGUCAGACAACCUGGACGACCUGGACCAGGCAGACUCUGACCUCGACAGCCAUUCGGCGUUUGAUUCUGAUGAAGAGCGGCCGAGGGAGAAGAUGUUCUCUGACGAUGAGGAUCUUUCAGAUGCAGAGGAGAUGCUUACGGCCGCCAAUAUAGAGGGUCUGUCCAGGAAAUUGGAUAUGCAAAAGGAAGAAGAGGCUGCGCAGGCAGAACUUGAGCUGCAGGAGGCUGCUCUCCAGACGAACAUUGCAGGCGACAGACCGGAUGUAUUUGCUGAACACGAUAAUCUCACAGCUGGAUUGGCUCCAAACCUCCAGUUGCUCCGAACGCGCAUAACGGAUACUAUCCGUAUUCUUGGUGACUUGGGCACGUUAGGUCAACCAGGGAAAUCUCGCACAGAUUACACCGACUUACUCCUAAACGACAUAUGCGUAUACUAUGGCUACACACCCUACCUUGCGGAGAAGCUGUUUUCUCUGUUCACCCCGCUUGAGGCAUUCUCCUUCUUCGAGGCCAACGAGUCUCCCCGACCUAUCGUUAUCAGAACAAACACACUUCGCACCAAUCGACGUUCGCUUGCACAGGCCUUGAUUAACAAAGGAGUUGUUUUGGAGCCCGUUGGAAAAUGGUCAAAGGUUGGCCUUCAGGUUUUCGAGUCCCCAGUUCCCCUGGGUGCCACCCCAGAGUACCUCGCCGGACACUACAUCCUUCAAGCUGCAUCCUCCUUUCUCCCCGUCAUGGCGCUCGCACCUCAACCACAUGAACGUAUCCUCGACAUGGCAGCUGCUCCCGGUGGUAAAACCACCUACGCCUCUGCCCUGAUGAGGAACACUGGUAGCAUUCUCGCGAACGAUGCCAGCAAAAGCCGUGCCAAGGGUCUGAUCGGAAAUAUCCAUCGUCUGGGAUGUAAGAACACCAUCGUCUCGAACAUGGACGCACGAACGGCGUUCCCCAAGGCCGUUGGCGGAUUCGACCGAGUGCUGCUCGAUGCGCCCUGUUCUGGAACCGGCGUUAUCGCCAAGGACCCGAAGGUGAAGACAUCCAAGACAGAGCGAGACUUUUUGGCACUGCCACACAUGCAGAAGCAACUACUGCUAGCCGCUAUCGAUUCUACCAACCACGCCUCGAAGACAGGCGGAUAUAUAGUUUACUCAACAUGUAGCGUUACGGUUGAAGAGAACGAAGGCGUCGUACAAUACGUACUACGGAAGCGACCCAACGUGAAGAUAGUCGACACUGGGCUGGGAAGCUUUGGAACUCCCGGCUUCAAGAGCUACAUGAACAAGAAGUUCGACGACAAGAUGCCGCUGACACGGCGAUACUACCCGCACCGUGAAAACGUCGACGGGUUCUUCGUUUGCAAGCUGAAAAAGACUGGUCCCAGCCCUACGGAGACGACCCAGCAGGAACCAGGAACGGCUGAAAGUGGCGAGGAGGUCAUUGAUAGGACGCCCAUCGCUGCGGAGACUACUGAUGGCGAGGACGGCUUUGGUCCCUUUGACGAAGACGAAGACGCGCAGUACAUCGCUCGCGCCGAGAGGAACAAGGCCCGUCGCCACGGUAUAAACCCGAAGGCAGUCAAGGGAGGUACUAAGGAGAAAACUGAGAAGAACGAGAAGAAGAAGGACGAGAAAAAGGAGAAAGAGAAAGAGAAGAAACAAAAAGGGGCAAAAGGGAAGACUUCCACGUGA